AUGCUUGAGCUAAUCAUUCAUCCUGGCCCUAAAACCCAAGCGAUUGAAUCGCCAAUACCGGUCCCCAAUGACGACCAGGUCGUCAUCAAAGUCAUAGUAUCGGGCAGUAAUCCCAAGGACUGGAAGCGGCCAGAGUGGUCAGACGUGCACAUCAACCAAGGUGACGAUAUUGCUGGAAUUGUCCACGCAGUGGGCAAAAAUGUCAGCGAGUUCAAGCCGGGCGAUAGAGUUGCGGCCUUUCAUGAGAUCAUGCAGCCUGGAGGCAGUUACGCAGAGUACGCUUUGGCGUGGGCAUCGACUACGUUUCAUAUACCCCAAAAGACGUGGUUUGAAGGCGACAUAAUUGUCGACUAUCGCCUUGGUGCAGACUCUCUGGUAGAUCAGAUACAAAGCUUUCUUCGAAAGCACAACUUUGAGAAGUUACAACACGUCUUCGAUGCGGUUUGUGAUCAUGGAAGUCUCAAGAAUAUUCUACAUGUUCUCGACCAAGAGCACGGAAUAGUCGCGUGUGUUUUACCCCAGGCCGACUACCAGUUAUCUUCUCUCUCCCCGGGGGUCAAGCUCUUGCAAACAAAUGUUCGGAGUGUGCAUGGCCAGCCAGGAAGUUUUCCCGGCGAUCCAGAUUUUGGGUUCGUUUACUUCAGGUAUUUUUCCAGGGGUUUGACAGAGGGCUGGUUCUCAGGUCAUCCCUACGAGGUUCGAGAGAAUGGGUUGGACGGAGUUGAAGGCGCGUUGAGAGAUCUGAAGGAAGGAAAGGCUAGCGCUGUGAAGUAUGUCUUUCGUGUUGAGGAUACACCGGCAUUGAAGAAAUAG